AAUCUAGCUACAGGCGGUUUCCAUUGUAUACCUCCAUAAUAAUCAUGUACUGUGCUUUACGUAAUUGUUGCGUGCUACGCAACAUUGCAUUCGGUGCUUCAGACACCCUGUCUGCAACCACUUCACAGUGGUACUUCCUAUCGCAACGAAUGGGUAAGAAGAAACGCCGGAAGGUCGAGAAGAUCCCUAAGAGCGCCGAGCAAAAGGAGUGUGCCACAAGUAUGGAUAUAAUUCGGCUUCACGAUCGAGUUGGUGUUCCGGAGACCCCGCAAUCCAUCGCACAAACCAUUCGUAAGAACGUGCGCAGUGUACAGCAAGGUGUAAUUACGCGGAAGCACUAUGCACGUAUGCUACAGUAUCGGACAGCUCGUGCUAUGGGUCUAACACACGAUAAUCCAAGAUCCACAGCUCCUGGCGCGUUUGUAACACCGCUAACUCGGCUUCAGCACGAAGCUACGUUGCCUACUACAUUUGGCCAGGCUAGACACAACUUUCCACAUGUUUUACGCUAUAGGGUCAACUGGUUAGCACAAGCUUCACCAGCUAAUUUGCCGCAACCUACUAAGGUCACCCUUUCAUUCAACUUUAAUGACUUGGGUAUCUCUGAUGAGCAAAUACGCAAGCUAAAGGAGAUCCUGGGUCGUGAUAACUACGAUGAAUCUAGCAAUAUAGCUAUUCUACAGGCCGAUAUAUUCGAUAAUCUCGUCCACAAUGCCCAUUAUCUAGGCGACAUUACCGAGCGACUAAUGAAAGAGGUUAAACGGCAUGAGUGAUCUGGCAGUGUUUACUGUAAUAUCCGCUU